ACCAUUUUCCAUUUCCUGCCUUCACUGCAUUCAUCAGCACAGGCUGGUGACCACCUUCACUACGAGGUCAGCAAUAACAACACAGUUGAACUCGUGUAUGUACUUAGCACCUCCAAUUUCAGUUGUCUGCAGACAGCUGCAUUUGGAAUAAGUCUUCUUUUAAUGCCAGGCUUCUGACUUUCUCUGGAAUUGCUUCGAAAGGUGAGAGACCUUGUUUUCUUUUGUCCAUGGAGUUCCCAUUUUUUCAUGGAAAGAUAACAAGAAGAACCUGUGAAGAACUGCUGAGCAAGAAUGGAAAGAAUGGUAGCUAUUUAAUACGAGAGAGUGAAAGCGUGGAAGGAGCCUUGUGUCUCUGUGUUUUCUUUGAAGACCUCAUCUACACUUACCGUAUCUUCAGGGAACACCAAGGAUAUUUCAGAAUACAGACUUCUGAAGGUGUUCCAGCCAAGAUCUUCAGAACAUUAAAGGACUUAAUAUACAAUUAUCAAAAGCCAGACCAAGGACUAAUAACAAACCUCCGCUACCCAGUAAAGAAACAAAAGGCCUCACAAAGAAGCCAGAGUUUCAAGUCAGGAAAGAAUGAAAUUUAUGAUGAAAUUGAUGACAGUGAUUACAUUGAUGUCUUACCCUGAAGGAUCUGCAACCUGAUGAUUUGGGAAGCUGCUGUUUCAGGUUGUGCCACAGCACAAUGGAUCAGCUGGGGAGAGCUGCCAGCUGAGCAUUCUCUGCUGUGGAUCUGUACCUCUGGAAUUAGUCUUCUCCUUUUGCAGAACGUCAGAGCAGCUGUAUUUUCUCCUAGUAGAUCCAGUACAAGCUACUAUAUAUUUUUGUUUAGCAAUAAAAGAAUUAAUUUUUUUAACACACACAUGUACAAAUACACAUACACAUACCUAUGGCAGGGAAGGGUAUCUGUAUGCAUGUAUGUGUAUUUUGGUUUUUUAGUCAGCAAACUGUCCAAGAUGUCUAGUGUUAAUAUGAACAAUUUGUUAGAAAGCAGCAAUAUAAAUACAACAAAUGAAUGUGCAUAAAGCAGUAGUUUAUGGCAGAACUGAUAUGUGUUGAUAAAAACCAUACACGACAAAAAUUCUAUUGGCAUCAUAUGAGGCAUAAAACCCUCUAAACUCUGUUAAACCUCUGAACUCUUAUUUUGUGCAUGAUUCAUGUUAUCUCAUUGUUGGAUAAGUAGAUAGUAUUUCACCUAUACUAGUAGUAUCCUGUAGUUUGGAAUAAUCUAAAUUAAAACAAAAAGGCUGUGUUAAAUCCAUGCCAUAAAUAAUUAAUCAGCAAUAUGAAAAUGGUUUGAAUGCUUUUAAUAUUGAUGAGUGGUUCUGGUAGAUUACAAGAGGAGUGCAAGUUCUACAUGCAUGUCUGUAUGAACACAUUUGGGUUUUUUCAUAGGUACUGUACAUAUGAGAAUGCUUACUACAUUUCAUUUGCUACUGCCAUUAGCUCUGUAUUAUAAUAUGGCUUUGGGUAUUUUUUUAAUGUAAGAAUUUGCUUUAGUCUUAGCCCUGAUCUUAAAUAUUUAAUACAUACUUUUGUUCUGAAGGUGGCUGCAACUAGCAGCCAAAGCCGGAACUGGAACGUAUGUCCUGAUUUUCCUAGUCGCUAGUACCAACUCCCUCUCCAUUUGUGAUCUUAAGGACAACAUUUACAUUGGUUGUGUGUUUGUUUAAGAUCUUUCACAAAUCAUGUAUGCAUUUUAAUGGGUAAUACUAGUUAGAUUUCUUUCUAUUAUGUUUCUUUCACACCACUAUUUAUUAAAGGACUUUUAGACCUUUCA